UGUUUACAUUUCGCGCUUACCGCAAAUAUCGUGACCGGUUUCUGAUUUUUAAUUUUUAAGAACAAGUUGUAAGCUUCCAAAUGGGAGAUUCUAAUCAGCGUUUCAGUAAAACAAGCAUUCUUGCAACCUCCAACUCGAUCAACAAAGCUUUCAAGUCAAUUUCCGACAAAAAGUUGAAACCAUGUGAAAAAACAGGCUCGGCUAGUAGUGAUGGAAUCGAACUACUCAAAGGCCUUUGUAAAUCGGAAAACCCGCAAAUCGCACAGCUUGCGGUACAUGCUCUGGUUCAACUGGUCAGUAAUAGUGUUAUGGACGUAGGCCAGGUUUUGAAUAUCUUAGCUAUUGCCCUACCAAACUCAUCCUCCGCUCACGUCGCAGCCAUCAGUAAUGGAAUGUUUGAACUAUUGAUGCUGGAUCUGAAACGAAGAUCCGCUGCACUCGCUGGCGGAAAGUAUGUUUGCCAAUUUGAUAUCAAAACACCUCAGCAUCCGUUGAUUCUUCUUCUGGAUAGCAAAGACAUUGGAAGUGCUUUGUUUUUCGGGACGAAGAUUAAAGAGAUAUGCAAUCAUCAUGAUGUACAGAUACGAGAAAACAGUAUAGAGUUUCUCAGACCUGUUUUCCUUCACAUCUUUCACAACACAGCUCUGUUUCCGGAAACGCAGAAAAUAUGGCGCACUCUCCUAAAGUGCGCGAUCAACGACGAUUCGGCAGUGAACAUGAUAUAUGAAAUUCUAUCCUGGAGUCGAUUUACAUGUGCGGAGAAGUGUCUAUUCACUAAUGAUCUUAUCCUAGAAGCACUAGAUGCGUUGCCGGAAGAAACCCGAUUUGAUGAGUUGCGUGGAAAUCUUUGUAUGUACCUUGCGGCAUUAUGCAAAUCGUUGGUGGGAUUCAAUUUUGAUCCAUCUACAAAUUUAACUAAGCUAUUUUCUGUGAUGAAGAACCUAAAUAAUCCAAUGGUUGAUUACAGUGUGCUGUUAAUGAUAAUGGCCGAUUUGUUGCUACAUCUGUCUCCUGUAUAUGUUCAUAAGCUAAUGAAGCUAGCUCGCUAUUUAUUGAAAUUGGGAUGCAAUAGACUUAGUCAGUUAAUGAUUUUAGAUGGAGUAAUUCAAUUACUAGGGCAGCAAACAUUCAUUCAAAACUAUUUGGAGGAUUGUGAUUAUAUCCUCAAUGCGGUUUUAAACGAACAAUAUGUUACUAUGAGAGAUAAUUCGUAUCCUACAUCAAAGUUAUUCCAUCCAAAUUUAGCCAAAUUCAAUCAGUUUAGCAAAUGGUGGGCUCUUGUUGAAACUGAACAGACUACAGUUGAUGCAUUCCUAGAAGAGCUCUCCCACAUUCAACGGUUUGUGGGUAAAAUUGAUCUAGUCUUAAGAGGAUUCCUAUAUAUGCAGACUCAUCCGUAUGAAACGUGGAAGAAAACUUUCGAAAAACUCCUAUGGCUCAGUAAAUCAAACGAAGACGCAUGCUGUAAAAUGAUCACGCCUAUUUUGUAUAUGCUGGCGAAUAUUGACAAUCCUCGAAAACGAUUAAUGCUCUUGCAAGGUUUAGCCUCGAUGGGUAGCAAAGAACAUGUGUUAUGUGUACUGAGAGCUCUAAUGAAAGACGUUGACACAACAACGAUGUACGAUUUAUAUCUUCGUUUGUGGAAGGCUGAGGCUAGGACAUAUCCGCUAUUAUACGAUUUCUUGAAAGAUACCAAACGAAGGCCACAAGAAAACUCAUGGGAAACAACACUUGCGAAGACUUAUGCAAUCAGAGAGAUAUGUUUAAUCAAACCUCAACAACAUGGCGCCGAUUUGGUUAAUUUGUUCACCGAGAUUCUCAACCAUCCGGAAGAUGUGGACAAUGAAGCUGCCGUUGCUCUCGCAAUCGAUGCAAUAUCUAGUCUAUGCGAAAAUCAUGUUAUUAAUAUUGUUUCCACGUGGAAAGUGCUCGGUUUCAAAUUCACUAAUGAAAAACGGCCGCGUAUUAUUCGAAGCCUGUGUAAAUUUUUCACUAAUGUGGCCUUGAUAAAAAUCAAUUCAUUGGAACAGGAAAAACUUGUUAAUGAAAUCAUCGAAAAGUUGUGGCAUUUUUUAACAGAUUUCGAUGAUCGCGAAGUAAUUCUUGCAGCGUUGGAGUCACUCAAAUCAUUUCCUCCAGAUAGUAUGCACAUCUCCCAUAUUCCAAGUAUUUUUCGUCAAGAAAUAUGGUCACCAACUACAGAUGAUGAGUCAUUAGAGGCCAAACAAAUACCUGGUGAAUGCUGGAUACAGCUGGUGCAAUAUAUAAACCAUUCCGCUAUUGAAGAAGCCGGCGAUCUUGUUGCCCAUCACAUCUGUACUGAGAUGCAAAGCUAUCGUGGAGGAGUGUAUUUGACGCCAGAGGGAAGACCAGAACCAUCCAGCUUAAGAAGUCUUCCAAAGAAAAGCAUUUUAGCUGCUGUUAUUCAUUAUCUUAUUGCACAAAGUCGGAAAGUUGAAACAACACGAACCAACGAACUCGUUCUUUUGAACCUACUUAGAAUCAUAGCGAAGAAAUAUCCCAAACCAAUUCCACCUUUGGAUUGGUCUUUCCUGCAUCAUUAUUUCCACAGUUGCAUGGAAAUGAGAAAAUACUGCCUCACCAUAGCCACUAAACAGAUGCCUUAUUCUGGAACCGCUAAACGACUAGUUGAAAACUAUAUCAACGAAAUGAAUGAGGACAAUUGGACCAAUGAAAACGUGUUGAUGUUAUUCGAAUCGCUGGAUAUAAUUGUUGAAACAGUUCGCACUGAUAUUUACAAGAAAUUCAUACACCUCUCGUUUGAAUGUUUGCUACAAACGUCGAAUGAUGGCGCUUUGAAUAUGGAAAAUUCUUUCGGGGAAGCUUUACGACUGCUGAAACCAGUUGUUAGCAAAUCAUAUCAAAAUGAGGAACAUUUCGACUAUCUCUGUAUAACGUUGGAGAAUUUGUUCAGUCGUUUCGAUUUGCAUUCUAUGUGGUUCAAAAACUACGUUGAGAUUUUAAGCGUAUUAUGCGAUAGAUGCUGCACCUCGCUGCUCAGACCAAGUACAUGGGUGGAUAAACAAAACAUUACAAAGCUGGAAAAAGUGAUAUAUCUGCAAUUCAACAUUCAUAAAUACAACAAAGCAACAACGGAAACACAUUUACUAGGUCUCAGUGAUAUUCUUAAGACCGUUGCUCGGUUUGGCGCCCAGGACAACAGUGUUCGACUCUAUUUCCACCGUUCUUUCUACAGCUUUGUUUCCUCAUUCGAGAAUCAAAAACUUCUAACAGAGUGGAUAAUUGAGCUGAUGGGUUAUAUCCAAUCCAAUCUAGCGGAGAAACAAAGUGGCCAACAUGAGGAAGUAAUGUUUCUGGUGGAUGUAUUCUUAAUCGCUGUAAUAAGUUUGUCUGGUUAUGGGUCUCUAUUCGGUGCAAACGCUGUAGUAAAAAGUCACAAAGAAAUAUUGUCGCUGUUCCCUCCAAGUCUUAUAAUGAUAUUCGAAGAGAACCUGUGGAGGGAAAUAGAAAACAAGAUCUAUGAAUUUCUUUAUCAUUUACACAAUAAUCACAAUAUACCAUCAUCAUAUGCAGAUUGCUUCAGACUUGCAUUGAUUUGUUGCAGAGGACAAUCGUAUUUUCAGCAGCCAAAAGUUUGUCCAAAAUUUGUUUCUUUAAGAAGAGCUUAGAAGGAAUAAGAGUUUUAUAUAUUCAAUUGGGCAUAAAGUCAUGCUGUUCCACUUUGUUUUCUGUGAAAUACAUCUGAAACGUA